UAAGACAAUCAAACAAGAUGACACAUGACUAUAUUUAGGCUUACACAUUGAGAGAAUUUGAUGAGUCAAAGUGCUUAGAUGAACAAUUACAAAAAUCAAAAGUGGACGAAUAUAGUGGGACGGAGGGAGUACUCUCUAUCAAUUUUACUUGACUUGAAAAGUUUAAUUCAAAAAGUCAAAGCAUAACACAUGGCAUAAUAAGACGCUCCAUUCCCCUGCUGUACUCUCCCCAAUCAUCAUCAUCGUCAUCCGCAAAAAAGCGCAAAACAUGGCCGCCAAAUCGCCACUGAAGGCGUCUCUUCCGGUUCUCCUCCUCCUCCUCUUCUGCGCCGCCGCCUACGGCCGAUUCAUCGUGGACCGUGCCUCCGACCUCGUCUCGGACGGAGUGAGCAGCUCUGACGGUCGAUCUGGGGUCCUCCACCUCGGACACCGGGUCUCUGCGGCGGCGGAGGAGGGGAAUUGCGAGCAGACGUACGGAUUUUUGCCAUGUACUAACACUGCGAUCGGAAACCUUUUCCUGAUUUUGAUCUAUGGAUACCUCAUGUUCCUCGCCGCCACCUACCUGUCCUCCGGCAGUGAGCUGCUGCUUGAGAUUCUCGGUCCCGGCCUCAUCGGCGGCCUCUUCCUCCCUAUGCUCGGCGCUCUUCCUGAUGCUAUGCUUAUUCUCGUAUCUGGAUUAUCCGGCAGUGUAUCAGAAGCUCAGAGCCAGGUUUCUGUUGGAAUGGGCUUGUUAGCUGGGUCGACAGUGAUGCUUCUCACAGUUAUAUGGGGAACCUGUGUUGUUGUUGGGAAAUGUGACAUUGAAAACUCUGUUGCUGUCGACUUAAAAGACACUAAAGGGUUCAGCUUGACUGGCUCCGGGGUUACUACAGAUUUCUGGACUAGCUAUGCUGCAGUUAUUAUGGCAGUUUCUGUGAUACCAUUUGUGAUUGUGCAACUUCCACCGAUGCUCCAUUCUUCCUCAGGAAGACAUGUUGCUGUCUUGAUUGCUCUCAUUCUAUCAGUUGCACUUUUUAUCACCUAUUGCGUUUAUCAGAUCUUUCAGCCAUGGAUUCAAGAAAGACGACUUGCUUAUCUAAAGCAAAAACAUAUCAUGUCAGGAGUUCUGAGGCAUUUGAAAAAACAUGCAUUAGGCAGACUUUACACAGAUCAGGGAGUACCAGAUCGUGCAGUUUUGAGAAAGCUUUUUAAUACCAUAGAUUCUAAUGGGGAUGACAAACUCUCGCAUUCUGAAUUAAGAGCUCUGCUCGUGGGAAUCCGUCUUGAAGAGAUUAACCUAGACGAAAAUGAUGCCAUAUCGAAUCUAAUGAAGGACUUUGAUUCCUCAAAUAAUCAGUGUAUUGAAUUUGAAGAGUUUGUUGCUGGUGUUGGGAAAUGGCUUGAUGAGAUCCAAGCUUCCAGAGCUACACCAGGAACAUUUAAAUAUCUUGAUGAUUAUCAUGAGCAAACAAGGAGGGAUCAUUAUCUACUAAGCGCUGGGGGGAAUCAAUGUGAUGAAGGUGAUGAGGAAAUUGUGAAUCCCAAAUGGACCUCAGUCAAGGCUGUAUUGUUCUUGUUGCUGGGGACUGCCAUUGCUGCUGCUUUUGCCGAUCCCCUUGUAGAUGCAGUCGAUAAUUUCUCUAGUGCCACACACAUCCCGACUUUCUUCAUCUCAUUCAUUGCCCUACCGUUGGCAACAAACUCAAGUGAGGCUGUGUCAGCAAUCAUCUUUGCCAGCAGGAAAAAGCUUAGAUCUGCAUCAUUAACAUUUUCUGAGUUAUAUGGAGCAGUGACUAUGAACAAUGUCCUUUGUCUUUCGGUUUUCUUGGCUCUUGUUUAUGCAAGAGGAUUAACAUGGGACUUCUCAUCCGAAGUUCUCGUCAUUCUCAUAGUCUGCAUUGUGAUGGGCAUUUUCGGGAGUGUUCGUUCCACUUUCCCGCUCUGGACUUCUUUCAUAGCCUUUUCGCUCUACCCGCUGUCCAUCGCAUUCGUUUAUGUUCUUGAUUAUGUGUUUGGUUGGUCAUGAAAUGGAGGAGCCUUGUUGUGUCGCCUCUGUUUUCAUGCUUCGACAUGUGUUUUGUAAACAUUCUCUUACCAGUUUUUAAUAAGACAUUCAUGCUUGAGAUAUUUCAGUUUUCUUGCUCCAAUUUUAAUGAUUUUUUUUUUGCUGUUUGAUCCUAUGUACCUCAUCACCAACCCCAUAGGCUUAUUUUGGG